GUAGCUAUGAUCAUCGUAGUAUAUCGUAACAUUCUCAAAGUUGUUACAUAUAUACUACUACACAUAUAUCUACACUUGAUUUUCAUAUUCACAUAAAUUAUAGUAUUUCGAUCAAUUCAAAUCUUUUGCUUUAUUUUCAAUCUUUUAAUAUUGAUUAGUAGGUAUGGACUACGUGAUUAGGAAGAGAACGACAAAGAUAAACCGAAAUGGGGUAAUUAGACCCUUACAGCUUGAUUGUAAUGGAGGAUUAAAGGUGUUAGAGGGGGAGAGGAUGGAGCUACUUAGUCCUGCAUCAGUCGCGUUUCAUAAGCCAGACUUCAAUAUACAUGUAAUGGCUAUUUUCGGUAUCAAAACUCCUGUUGAUAUUAAGCUUUUGAAGGCUAAAUUUCCAACAUCCCUUUGCAAGCACCCUCGUUUUUCUAGUGUUGUGGAAGGAGAUCCAUCUAAGGGAGAAGAAUUGAAAUGGGUAAGAACAGAAAUAAACUUAGACAAGCACAUUAUAGCUCCAAAAAUAAACUCCGAAGACAUAGAGUCACCAAAUAAGUUUGUUGAAGACUACAUAUACAACCUUAGUAAAACAACCUUAGACAAAUCAAGGCCACUUUGGGAUAUCCAUGUACUCAAUCUUAAACUCUCCGAGGAAGUCGAGGCCAUAACAAUAACUCGGAUUCAUCAUUCACUCGGCGAUGGCACAUCUUUGAUCUCUUUGUUGUUGGCACUCACACGUAAGACCUCCGAUCCUGAGGCCUUGCCAACCAUUCCUGCUCCAAAGAUGCGCGAUGGUAGUGAUAAAAAAUGGAAGGGGUGUUUUUGGAGAUGGAUUUCGGCCUUAUGGUUGGUCCUAAAGUUGUUUUGGAACACUUCAAUGGAUAUAUUGAUGUUUGUAGCAACUACGUUGUUUUUGAAGGAUAAUUCUCCAUUUAAGAGUUCUCCAAGUGGAGGAAAUGCUUCUAGGCGUGUUGUUUACAAGAUUUUUAGUCUUCAAGAUAUGAAAUUCGUGAAGAAUGCAAUUGGUGCGACCAUCAAUGAUGUUGCACUUGGAAUCACUCAAGCUGGUUUAUCUCGCUAUCUUAGUAGGAAAUACGAAAAUGAAGGAAACAAUAAUGAAGCUGCGAGAGAGAAAACAAAAAAAUAUCUCAACAAUAUUCGUCUUAGAUCGGUUCUUCUAGUCAAUAUUCGACCCUCUGGAGGAAUUCAGGAUUUGGCUGAUAUGAUGGAGAAAGAUGCAGAAGCUAAAUGGGGAAAUGCAGUAGGUUACGUGCUUCUUCCGUUUGCCCUUGGAUUGCAUGAUGAUCCUUUAGACUACAUUCGAACUGCCAAAACCACCGUUGAUAAAAAGAAGCAUUCCUUAGAAGCCAUUUACACUUUUUUCAUGGCUGAAGUUGUUAUGAAAUUUUUUGGUUCCAAGGUUGCAAGUGUUAUAUCUGAUAGAAUCAACGCGCAUACAACAAUCGCUUUCUCGAAUCUACCUGGACCUUUGGAGGAGAUAGGCUUCUAUGGCCUUCCAUUGACUUUUCUUGCUCCAACUUCCUAUGGUCAACCACAUCCUGUGAUGAUAAACUUCCUAAGUUAUAGUAACAAGAUGACAAUAGUUCUAGCCGUAGAUGAACACACGGUUCCGGAUCCUCAUCAAUUGUGUGAUGACAUUGUUGAAUCUCUCAAGCUAAUCAAGGAUGCUGUUAUAACACAAGGCCUUGUCAAACAAGAUGACUCUGGGAUGGUACAAGGCUGUCCACCUUCGCAACAGUCAUAGUGUCACGGUCCGAGUGUACGGUACCAUCUCCACCGUCAAGAACCACCAAUGCAACCUCCACCACCACCACCACUGUACCACCGCGACUUUUUUUGUUGUAUAUAUAUACCUAUACUAUAUUCCACUAUGAGAGUGAGGGAUAGCUCAAGUGGUUAGAACUUCCCUCUUGAUUUCAGGAGAUUUUGGGAACGAUUCUCAUCCUCGCCCUUGUGGCUCACUAAACACCCAAAAAAAAAAAAAAUUCCAAAAUAGGUUUUAAGAAUAUAUUAAUGUACCAUACUAAGAAAAAUAUUACUGUCGUGCAUAGGUAUUUAACGUACAAGUAUAUAUGUACCACCCUAUCCAUCCAUAUACCUAAAAUUGGACGCGUAAUAUUAUCUAGCUGCUGAGGAUGAACAAAUAUUUAUCCCAAAAUAAAGCAUAAUGCAUUAUAUGAAUGUACUACGUAAUAUACUUCCUCUAUUCCGUUUUAAUUGUAACAAUUUGACUUAAAAGGUCAGCUUUUUGAUUAAAGCGUUGUAAUUAAAAGUGAAUGGAAGAAGUAUAUAUGUAUAUAUAGAUUUCUCUUUGGUGGAUAGACCAAGACACCCGGUCAAAUCUUGUUUGUAAAUGUUAGACUGUUCAAAUGAGUGGAUAUGUGGAUGUGUGUAUUAAAUGUAAACCUAAUAUAUAAUGCUCUUUAUUUUUCAUGGA